AUGAAUCUGCCCGCAAUUGAUUUUGGCGGCAAAAAGUGCCAGCAGAUCAGCACUCUGGCAACAGUUCAUUGGUUUUCGAGUUUUGCGAGUUUUGCGCUGUUUGCUGUUGGUAAUCGUUGCCUUGUUCCUUCUUCUCAAUGAUAGUUUUUACAGUUUAUGCAGUUUACAUCUAAACCCAGAAGCAGGCAUGGACGGCAACGAAGUUACGCAGAAAAUACGGGUAGCCAUAAAGACCAAACUGGUGGAGCUUGGUGCUUACGUGGAUGACGAGCUGCCCGACUACAUCAUGGUGAUGAUUGCCAACAAGAAGACCAAGGAACAGAUGGCCCGAGACCUGUCACUCUUUCUCGGCGACAGCACCACUAACUUCACCAACUGGCUACAGGGCAUUCUGGACCACCUUCAGGCUAUUGCUUCAGAAGCAAAGCGGUCCAAGGGCGAAGUAAGGACCGAAGGACCCGUACCGCCCCCUCAUCUGGAGUACACCCCCAGGGAAGUGCUGCCCAGGGGCAAGGUCCCUGAGUUGCGAGGGGACGGGGAGUACAGCGACGAGGUGCUGGCGCUCAAAGCCGACCCCGAGCCAGACGACGACCUGGGAGAGGACCUGCACGGUUCGGCCGAAACGCCGCCAGAAAAGCAGGUGGCGUCGAGCAGCGUGUCGCUGGUGCGCCCCAUUCCCAGGGUCAUGGGUCCCGAGCCCGCUCGGGCACACGUCUUCCCGUCAAAGGCGGAUCCUUCCAAGAAGCCCGCCUUGACCUCCUCGUCCGGGGUGCGGAGGAGGCCGCAGUUCAUCAGCGACGACGAGGAAGAGGAGGAGGAGGAGUACGACCCCAGCAACCCGUCCGUGAGCAGCGUGGCCAGCGUGGUCAAGGUCUCCGAGCGAAGGUCCAGUGUCCCCCAGAGCAUGCAGGCCAACAAGCUGCUUCUCCUCAAGGCCAUGAAGGCGGCCCACCAAUCGGUGUCCGCACCUGCUGCAACGCGCACCAGGCGCAACCCCUCGGCCCGUGUGGAGCCCUACCAGCCGACCCCCAUCCGCGAGCUCUCCACCAAGCGCCGGAGGCUCGGAAACCUGGCCCAGAAAGAAGAAGAGGAGGAGGAGGCCGUUCCAGCCAAAAGGUCAACGGGACUCUCCAUAAAAGACAGGCUGGGGCAGAGAGUUGCGGUGGCUCUGCCUGAGAACACCUCGCCUACCAUGGAGCCCGAGCGAGUCCCCGGCAAGGCGUCGAGGCUCGUGGGAGCCAUCGCUCCCGAGGUGAGGCCCAGGGAAGAGUCGGCCCCCGUCGCACUCCCGGAGCCAGAGGCAACGACGGCCAACGCAAUUGAUGAGGAACCAGAACAAGAGGAGGACUCGGAUUUGCUCGAGCUAGAGGUGCCAAGGGAAGAGGUGCACCUAGUGGUGAAGGAUGCCACGCCCACUUCCACACCAGGUCAUGCAAGCGCUUCUGAAGACGUCCUAGGGCGUGGGGGGAAGUGGCCGCACUUUGUGGUGACACUGAACGGAGUGGACCCGGCCAGUUUCAAGUCCGGCACGAGGGAGGUGGUUGCCCACCACGCCUCGGGUCCGGGAGACUUGGACGAGCUGCCGGAGUACGUAGAGGAGGAGGACGAGAAUGGCUACCCUUCCCGGCGGGAAGACUCCAUGGCCGCCGAGGACACAGUGUUGGAAGAGGAACUUGAAGAAGAGCCCAUGCUGGUGGAAGAAGGCCCCAGCAAGCUGCUGGAGAAGUGCCGCUACUGGCCGGCCUGCAAGAACGGAGACCGCUGCCCCUACCACCACCCCAGCGUGCCCUGCAAGGCCUUCCCCAACUGCAAGUUCCGUGACAAGUGCCUGUUCAUCCACCCCAACUGCAAGUAUGACGCCUUCUGCAAGCACAAGAGCUGCCCCUUCACCCACGCCAGCAGGAGGACGUUCGCCUGCCCACCCCCCCCAACAUCAUCUCCAUCUGUCCAACACUGCAAGUUCUACCCUCACUGCACCAACACAAAGUGUCCCUUCUUCCACCCCAAGCCAUGCAGAUUUGGCGCCAUGUGCCAAGCACCGGCGUGUCCUUACACCCACCCGGAGAGUAGCAUCCCACCACCCAACAAGUUGAAGUGGACUUCGGCUGCGGCUAAGAAGGCCGGUGAGACAGCUGCUUGAACUGCAUACACGCCUCUUUCAAAGUCAUUCGGGCGAGAGUUCUUGGAGCAGGCAAAGAAAGUGCUCAUCACGAGUUUACAGUUUCUCCUUCUUUUAGGAGUGUAAAUACAGACUCUUGCGACACAA